GCGGCCGGACCGGGACCGGGACCGGGGCCGGGACCGGGACCGGGGCCGCCUCACGGAGCCGGGCGGGGCCCCACGGGACGGGCUCCCGGCGCAUGGCCCGGCCCCCCCAUGGCAGCCAAGGAGGAGGAGGAGGAGAGCCUGCAGCUGGCCUUCAAAAAGCUGCGGGUGGACGCGGCGGGAUGUAUUGCAGCUCUGUCUGUGGGCGACGGGACGAUUCUCAGGACACCGAUAAGAACAGCAGUGGAUGGAGCCAAACAACAGUCUGUUUGCUCCAAGGAAGCAUGGCAUGGGUGUGUGAGAAAGCCUUCGAGAGGGUCGGCGAGAGUUCCACGUCGCAGACGUUCCAAGUCCCCUGUCCUGCAUCCCCCCAAGUUUACAUACUGCAACGUGAAAGCCAGCGGCCAGCUGAAACACAAAACCCAGUCAGACGUGUCAAAGAGUAACGUCACUCCAGACGUUUUUGUUCCAGCAGAACACGGUACAAAGGACAGGCAUGAUUCUCACUUUGAGGCCAGUGAUGACAGAAGAGCCAGAACUGAACCUCUGGAAGCUUCCACCACUCAAGAGCCUUUGGGGAAGUCGAGGGAGAGUUGCCUCGGUCUCUCCUCGUCCUUCGAGACUAGCUUGCACUCAAGCCAAACCUCAGAUUUCCAGUCCUUAUCCAUGCUUAGCAAUGGCAAGCAGUGCCCUUGUACGGACAAGAAGUGCCAGUGCAGGCAGUGGCGCUCCAUGGAGGUGUACUCUUUCUCUGGUUUACGGAGCGUCCUGUCUGAGUGUGAGAAGGCAGUCCUGGGAGCACGCGCCCGCUCGCGUCAGAACAGGUCCCCGUGUGGAGCGGCCGCAUCGGGUUCUCCCAGGUCGUGUUCUGAGCAAGCUCGAGCCUUUGUGGAUGAUGUGACUAUUGAAGAUCUUUCAGGCUACAUGGAAUACUACUUAUAUAUUCCUAAGAAGAUGUCCCACAUGGCAGAAAUGAUGUACACUUGACUGAAAGCAAUAGAGAACCAUGAUUCAGAGUUCGGAGCGAUGGUUGGGUUAAUAGCCUUGUCAGUGCCAUGUUUUUGCUGUUGUGUGUUUGAUCAAAUGUUUCUUUGCAUCAUACAGUUUAGUUUUCUAAUAAAAUAAAAAAUGGAAUAUAGUUUCUGAGCUUAGUUCUAAAAAGAAUGCACUAAGGUCUCUAAAUACCUUAACAAAAGCACUGUAGAUCAAACAAACUCCAUUUGUUUUUUGGUUUGUGCUGUGGAUAUUCAAGCUCUGUACUCUGUUCUCACUGUGUCUUUGGAAAAGAACCUUUUAGGUUUUGUUCUGAAAUUUUGCAGUGUUUGGAAAGUUCAUUCUUAACAUGUCCCAAUACGUAGCGAAAUGUUUCAUGGCUACAGCUCUGUCCUCCUCAUCCUGCUCUAGGAAGAAGAAUGAGAAGGCAUUCAGUGUUUUGGAUAGGAUGCAUCACCUUUCCUCGAACGCUGCCUGGCUCCUUUUUAGUUGGAUCAAUUGGGAGUGCUUCCUCCUCUCAGAUUUGGGGGGAGGUCUGGAGUGUGUGGGUGUGUGCUUGGACCCUUUUGUAAUCUAACUAGCUCACUCUUAAGCAGUUCUAUUUUUCUGCAGAUAAGUGAAGCUCUCAGAAGCAAAGAUAUAUUUUGUUAUUUGUGCUUUACAGAUGGAAUGAUUUAAGGGAGAGCAAAGCAGGCUAACAGUUUCUUGGGGCGUGCUGUCUCAGACGUGGAGAUUGUGGAGCCAUCUAUACACAGUUUGUGCAUGUUUGAUACACAAAGCAGUUUGGAGCUGGGAUAAGCAAGGAUUGUGUAUCAUACAGGCUUUGUGGUGUAGAGCUAUAACAUUCCAUCUGGUUGAAAAUACUGAAAUAAAAAGAAAAUUGUUGCUGAGACUUGCAUUAAUAAAUGUUUGUCAAAACCC